ACUCGAGUGCAGGGAUCCGAACACAGCAUGUAAACAAUCUCCAGCGAAGUGACUCAGUGCGUGUGUCAUCUGUCAUAUUAUUUGCUCAAAGCUCUGUUUUCACGACUUGAUACACGCCUCUGUCAUCGUUAUGGGGCUUCACAGCAUAUUGAAGAAGCUGAAACAGAAAGAGCACGAAGUUCGGUUACUUAUGCUUGGUCUCGACAAUGCAGGGAAGACAACAGUGGUCAAGAGAUUUUGUGGAGAAGAUAUCAGCACAAUAUCCCCAACUUAUGGCUUUAAUAUAAAGACGGUUGAACACGUAGUGGAUAAAUAUGAAUAUAAAUUGAACAUAUGGGACGUAGGAGGACAAAGCUCACUGCGUUCGUACUGGAGGAAUUACUUUGAGUGCACAGAUGGCCUUAUUUGGGUCGUGGACAGCGCGGAUGUGGAUCGCCUGAAGGACUGCCAGGGGGAACUCAAGAAACUGUUAGAGGAGGAGAGGCUGGCAGGGGCAACACUACUUGUGUUUGCUAACAAGCAGGAUCUUCCAGAAGCCCUUUCUUCCGAGCAAAUAAGAGAUAUCCUGGACCUCAACAAUCUCAAGACACACCACUGGUACAUCUUGCCGUGCAGUGCUGUCACAGGCGAGAACCUGGUGGCAGGCAUAGACUGGCUCAUCCGAGAUAUUGCGGCUAGAAUAUUUACCUUGGAUUAAUAUUAUUUAUAAAGACAUUUGAUGUAGGUUCAUGGAGUAAUGAUGUUUAGUGGUGUUUGAGGUAGGUUCUUCAACAUUCCAUAUGCAGUGAUGGCCAUCAGAAGAAAAGAAUGUGAUGUCUAGGAUUAUAUCGUAUAAAAUGAU